UUGAAAUCCGUAUUUGAAGUCCGGAUUAUAUAAAUUGUCAGAAACAACAACCCCACUCUGUCACUCAUAGAUAAAAACCAAACAUCUCAAUUUAGCAAGAAAUUCCAAAGCUUUUUCAAUGUUCUCUUUCAACUUCUCAGAAUCUGCUUAAGUUGUUGAAUUCAACGAAACCAGUGAAGUGCUUAGAUAACAUUGGUAUGGGUGAGGAAGAACCAGUUAAUACAGCUUCCAAGACUGACAUUAGCAUGCUAGGGAACCACCUAGAUGACUCGAGUGAAAAGAAGGACCUGGAACCUAAGGGAGGAAAAAUCUUUGAGGAUAAUGCUGUCCAAGAUUUGAAAGAGGAUGGUAUAAAAGCAAUGGAAGUUGAUAAGAAAGCUGAUGGGGAGGAAGUACUAGAAAUGGAUAAGCUAGCUGAUGAUGGUGAUGUUGUAACAGAAAACGCUAUCAAAGCUGGGGAUGGGGAAGGAAUAAAAGAGGAUGAGAAAGUUAACGAAGGGAAAGAAAUAAAAGAGGACAAGCAAGCUGAUGAAGGAGAAGAACUAAAAGAGGAUAAGAAAGACAAUGGAGGGGAAGAAAGAAAAGAGGAUAAGAAAGUUGAUGUCGGGCAAGAGGUAAAAGAGGAUAAGAAAGUCAAUGAAGGGGGAGAUAUAAAAGAGGAGAAGAAAGCUGAUGAAGGGGAAAAAUUGAAAGAGGAUAAGAAAGACGAUGCAGCGGUAAAAAUAAAAGAGGAUAAGAAAGUCAAUGAAGGGGAAGAAUUAAAAGAGGAGAAGAAAGCUGAUGAAGGGGAAAAAUUGAAAGAGGAUAAGAAAGACGAUGCAGGGGUAGAAAUAAUAGAGGAUAAGAAAGUCAAUGAAGGGGAAGAAUUAGAAGAGGAGAAGAAAGCUGAAGGGGAAGAAUUAAAAGAGGAUAAGAAAGUUGAUGCUGGGGAUGAAAUUGAAGAGGAUAAGAAAGAUGAUAAUGGGUUUGAGGAUGACAAAUUGAGUGAGGAAACUGAGCUUAGUAAAGAAGAGAGAGAAAGCGUUGAAGCUAAGAAGCCUGAAUUAGAUGCCAUGGAUGAAGAGAGUAUCCUUGAAGGUAAAGACGAGGGCAGUGAAAAGGAGAAAAGUCAAAAAGACAGAGAGGAUGAUAAGGAUAAGGUAGAUAAUAAGUCAAAUGAAGAAAAUAUCAAAGUUGAGAAGAGAUUGAAAAAACGCGGGAAAGGAAAGGUUAAUGGGGAGAAUGUGAAAAAGAAAAUGAAGGAACUGAAGAAGAUAGAGGAUAUCCCUGAAGCCAAAGAUGAGAGCAUUGAAAAGGAGAGAAGUCGAGAUGAGGAGGUGGGCGAUAAGGAAAAGGUUGGUGGGGAGAAUGUGAAAAAGAAAAUGAAGGAACUGAAGGAGGCAGAGCCAACAACUCCUACAACCAACCGUCCUGUACGUGAAAGGAAAUCAGUUGAGCGGUUGGUAGAAUCAUAUGACAGAGAUGCAUCCAAAGAAUUUCAAAUUGAAGAGGGUCGUGGCACACCUUUAAAAAAUAUACCCAAUGUGGCAUUUAAAUUAUCUAGAAGGAAGGUUGAUGAUACUCUCAAAUUCCUCCACACAAUCCUCUUUUGUAGGAGAGGAAAGGCAGCUGUGAUCAAGAAAAAUAUAUUAAGGUUUUCUGGUUUUGUGUGGCAUGAAAAUGAGGAAAAGCAAAUGAUUAAAGUAAAAGAAAAAUUUGACAAAUGUAACAAAGAGAAGUUGCUGGAAUUCUCUGAUCUGCUUGACGUACCAGUUGGCAAUGCAAAUACAAGGAAGGAAGAUAUUAUUGCAAAGCUAAUAGACUUUCUGGUUGCUCCUCAAGUCACAAAAAGUGUAUUACUUGCAGAACAAGAAAAGUCAGCUAAAGAAAAGCGCAUAGCAAAACAAGGCUCAACGGGAUCUGGAACACCAACGUCAAGACGUUCUGCUAAGAGUCGGAAGAAAAUUGAAGAUUCUUCAAUAGCAGAGAAGAAAAAGACUGCAACUGACACAGAAAGUGAGUCUGAGAAAGAUGAAGAAAACAAAGAGGAAAAUGAAAUCGAUGUUUCUGACAAAUCUGAAGAUGAGAAGCCGAUUAAAGGAAAAAAGCACAUAGCAAAACAAGGUUCAUCAAGAUCUGGAACAGCAUCGUCUAGACGUUCUGCUAAGAGUCAGAAGAAAAAUGAAGAUUUAUUUGUAGCAAAGAAAAGAAAGACUACAACUGACAUAGAAAGUGAGUCUGAGAAAGAAGACAAUAAAGAAGAAAAUGAAAACAAUGUUUCUGAAAAAUCUGAAGAUGAAAAGUCGAUUAAAGGAAAAAAGCGCAAGCUCAUAGCAAAACAAGGUUCAUCGAGAUCUGGAAUGGCCACGUCAAGACGUUCUGCUAAGAGUCGGAAGAAAAAUGAAGAUUCUUCCGUAGCAGAGGAGAGAAAAGGAUCAACUGACACAGAAGAUGAGUCUGAGGAAGAACAGAAGGAUGAAAAAAAAGUAGAAGACAAUGAAAACACUGUUCCUGACAAAUCCAAGGAUGAAAAGCCCAAGAAAUCUGAAAGUGGGGAUAAAAAUGAUUCUGAUAAUGAAUCUGAAGAUGAGAAGAAAGUGAGUGAAAGGAGUAAAACAUCUUCCAGAAGGAAAGAAUCCGCUGCACAAAGCAAAGCAAAGAAAGCAACAGAUAAAACAAAACCUCGCUCGGCACAAAAGCAAACUUCUAAGAAGCCAUUGUCUACACACUCUGCAUCUGAUCAUGGUGAUAGUGAUGGAAGUCCCAAGGUCUUUUCAAGGAAGAAGAAAAAUGAAAAACAAGGAAAGCAGAAGACCUCAACUCUCACCAAGUCUUCCUCCAAAGACAAAGCAGAAGAAAAGGUUACCGGCAGAAAGAUCAAGAAUAAAGAGAAGUCAGACCCGAGUGAUGAUCAGUUACGCAAAGCAAUAUGUGUUAUUUUUAAAAAAGUCGACUUCAAUACUGCUACAUUUGCCGACAUUUUGAAGCUACUCGGUAAGCAAUUUGACGUGGAUCUCACCCCAAGAAAGGCAUCUGUAAAGACUAUUAUUCAGCAAGAGCUGGCAAAACUAGCUGAAGAAGAUGAAGAAAGAGAACAGAGAGAGCGGCGUGGUGAUGCCUGACCGAGGAUUAGGUUUGACUGCUUGGAGAUAUAUACAUAGGGUAUAUACUUUUUGACUGGUUAUGCAUUUUGGGUACAUUUUUUAGAGUAAAAGUUGCUAUAACUUCUAAUUCUUAGCAUCAAUAGAAUCUACGGGGAACAAGCCAGUAGUUUCAAUUUUUUUUUUUGUGGUGGCUUUUGUUGUGCUACCAGUAAUUAUGCAGUUUCUUGGUUCCACAGAAACACAAUAUGUAGAGAAGCUUUUGUGGAGGCUUUUGGUGUGAAUGUGACUGAUCAAUACUACUUUAAAUUAUAUGUCUGGUUUAAUGAAUAUUUGAAGUUGUCACCUUUUUUA